AUGACGCUGGAUUUGCUCACGGGUAUCGUAGAGGACUUUCUCGAGAUUACAGCUACUACGACUGAUGCUGAGAUAACCAUGUUCACGUUCAACGUGCAUGCUGCCUCGUCCAUCACCGAUCCGGACGCCCCAGCACCGAACCUUGCGCAAGACCAGCUUCCUGAAGACGGGCAACUCCUUAGUGAUGUGUUGCAGGGUAAUCUUUCCGAUAACACCCUUACGCCAAACGCGUUGGAUGACCAACGCGCAAACUUAAACAGCUCGUGGUAUGACGUUGAUUGGUCCAACCGCCCAUUGAUUGGUUACUACGAUGACUCCAAAAAUGCCGAUGGACAGCUGUUCACACAAAGUGGAUGGCCUACAGAAGCUUUCAUGGAGUUCAAGCAGCUACGUCGGGUUGUCGUUAGUUACGGCACAAUCGAUCCGCAAAUGGACAAGUACAACUUCGGACCAGAUCUCGAAUACGUUUUCCCUCCCGGAACUAUCAUCGACGAGCAGUCAGUAUCGAUUGGCUCCGAUGGGCGUGUAACUUCUGGAUGCUUGUUUGCGUCUUCCGACAACACCUUGACUUCAACAAGAAACUCGUCUUGGGCUCUCGCUGAUGCACCGUCACUUGAUGUUAGCGCGACGCCGGACUUUCAGUCAACUAUACCUUCCAUUACCAAUCUUACCGCCUGCGGCAUCACACCCUUCCUCAAUCAAACCCUCGCAAACACAACUGCAGACAAGAAUCCUUUACCCUACGCCGCAUACGUACACUCAACAUUAUGGACCUUCGCACCUGGGCAGCCUCUCAAUUCCUCUGGAGAAGGCGACGACACAAACGACAACCGCUGCGUCGUCAUGAUGAAGUCGCCAUAUCCACAGCGCUGGCGCAUAGAAGACUGCAACCAACGCCAUCGCGUGGCCUGCCACGAUCCACGACAACCCUACAAUUGGCGUGUAUCGGACGACUCAACCUACUACGCGAACGCUGAGGGCUAUUGUCGGGACCCAUAUCAGUUCAGCGUACCUCACACCGCGCUGGAAAACUCACAUCUUUAUUCUGCCUGGCAAGCUGCCGCUCCUGAUGAAGAUGCGCUGUAUAUCAACAUGAACAGUCUGAGUGUGCCGGAUUGCUGGGUCAUUGGUCUCAAUGCGACGUGUCCAUAUCUUCCUACUACUGACACCAACCGUACGCGUAUUGUCGUUGUGCCGACAGUUGCGGCUGUAAUUAUCUUCCUGCUAGCUGUGCUUACCUUUUUCAUCAAGUGUGCAGCAAACCGGAGAGAGAACAAGAGGGGAAGAAAGAGAAGAUUAGUCGAUGGUUGGGAGUACGAAGGUGUUCCUAGUUGA